AUGCCUACCAAGAAGGUCGAUAGUAGCAUGCGUCGCCGCUGUGCUAUGGCAUGCGAGAACUGCAAACGCCGCAAAGAGCGAUGUGAUGGCAACGUACCAUGUCGACGAUGCGCUGCACGACAUCUUGACGCAGAGUGCCAUUAUUCGAAGUCCCGUGGGGGGUUCUCUUCACGCCAAAAUGCCAACAUUCAACUGAGAAGUCCCCUAGAGUCGCUCACGGACUCAAUCUUGAAUCCUGUGGCCGAGACAAAAAGCCAAACGGCUGAUCAGGCAGUAAGCCAGUCCAUGAGCUUCUUUCCAGACCUGGACACCACAUUCCCCCAUGUUUGUCGCCUAGCGCGUGACGACCAGAGAGGCUCUGUCUUUUUCGGAGAAUCAGCCAACGAGUCUUUCCUUCAGCAAAUCCGCCAACUAGUUGCCCGGACUCUGGGGUCAUGCCCCUUCGUCGAUCAGCCAAUACAAUAUCAUACCUAUCAUGACACCUCCACUUCACCUUUUACAUCAUUGGAUGAGGUUCCCAAGCCCCCACCGAAGCCUAGCCCUGCUCGAGCAAGCUUUCUGUGGCUUGGUCAACACGGCGAAAGUACGAGCCUCUCAACCGCAUUAUGUUACUUGAUUCUGGCAAACGGUGCACUGGCUUGUUCAGAAGAUGAAGAUGCAACCGCCAAUGCAUAUUUCUCUUAUGCAAGGUACCUAACCAAUCUCGAGUUGACUGAGGAACCUAGCCUUGAGUCCAUACUGUGUCACAGCUUGAUCGCAUUCUACCAGCUGAACAUAGGUAGACGAGACGCGGCGUAUCAGUCUGUCGGGCUUGCGUGUCGCGGUGCGUGCUCCAUGGGUAUUCACAGAGUGAACCAGCCAUCAUUGAUGAGCCAUGAGAGUUACGCCUUCCGUGAUCGACUUUGGAAAGCAUUACGGAUGCUUGAUAUCUUCACCAGUGGUUCUUUAGGUCGGCCUGUUUGUACAACAGAGAACCGUAACACCAAGGUUGAGCAGGGCUAUUCUUCCGUUAUCGAUAUUACAGCUAUUCUUGAUGACGUUUUGAGAGAGGCCCAUAGACCUACCAAGCCUAUAAGAAACUUUAUCGCAAGAAUGACUCAGGAACAUCGUUUAUGGGCAGCUCGCAUGCCGCGCGGCCUGCAGGCCGAUGGAUUUGAAUCUGCGGAACUUGGUGAGGGUUGCGAAUGUGUACCCAGCCUGAUACUCUCCAAUAUCAAGGAGUCAUACUACUGGUCGAUUAUGCUGCUGACUCGGCCUGUUCUUCUUGAGCGAGCCUCAACACAGACAAUACGUGUGGGACUCGGCCAAGGUCACUAUGGAGAUCAAGCGGAGGUACCGCCAAUAUCGAAUUCUGACACAGCUCUCGUUUACGCUUCAGUUAAUUCAGCUGUCCGUACCAUUCGCUUACUGCAGUGUCUGCUGUCAAGGGAAGACCUACCCAAACGACUCCCCUUCCCAGUAAACUCGGCUUUCACUGCUGCUUUGACCCUGGCUCUUGCUACCUUUGCAGAUCUGGAUUGCGUAUUUCCGCUGCAAGCCAAUUUGGAAACCGUGGAGAAAAUACUGCAAAGGUUCGAGAAGCAUGACAGCAUCGCCAGGUAUUAUCGGCAUGUCGUGGAACAGCUUCAAUUUACAUGUGAUGAGUAUAUCGAAAAACGGAACAAUCGGAUUAUGGAGAAGCAGAAUCAUAUGGUCGAUGACCUUUUUGGGCGUCUUCAUGAGGAGCCGCUGUUAUCGAAGGAGAAGUCUGGCAGUAUGGAUGUAAGAUGGAUUGACAAACCAGCAAUCACCCAAGAGCCGCUGUCGGGAAGCCCUACAGGUUCUUCAUCGACAAUCUGUUUGACGGAUGAAUCAUUGGCAGGAGCUGACGCACUCGAUGUUAGUGGUAGUUUUCUGGAUCUGCCUUUAGACUUGUCCCAAGGGUCGCAGAUGAGUGAUAUGUAUUUUAUUGGGACUGGCUUAGAUAUGGAGGUUUUGAAUUUCUCCAACUUGGACUAA